AAAUUAAGUAAAUAAAGAAAAAAAGAAGUCAUUUUUUAGUCGUUAUGAUGGUUUACUGUUUAUUGUUUGUUCAUUUCUGUCCACUUUGGGCUUAUUUUUUUAUUGCUUCAUUUUUUUGCAUUUUAAUGAUCUACUGUUGUGGACCGUUAAUAAAUCUGUCCAAUAAAUACACUCAUUUCUGUUUUGUUUCUUCCUGCUGCAUCAGUUCCAGGUUUAGUUCGGACGUUUCCAGACAAACAAACAAACAAACAUGUCCUUCUUCAAGAAAUUCUUCAAGGACAUCGUUCGUGACAGAAAAUCUGAUGACGACGACACAGUCCUGGUGAAGGGAAAACCCAAACCCAAGUAUUACGGCACCGUCUGCCCUUAUCCCAACUUCAACGCCAGCAACGACGCUGCCGUUCUAAAGAGCGCCAUCGAAAGUAAAGGAGUGGACGAGGACGUGAUUAUUUCUGUCCUGGUGAAAAGAACCAACGAGCAGAGACAGAAGAUUAAAGCAGUUUAUGAAGCAACCACUGGAGAGAGGUUGGACCAGGCUUUGAAAAAGGCUCUGAGGUCGGACCUGGAGGACGUCACCCUGGCUCUGCUCAUGCCCGCUCCUCAGUUUGACGCCUACCUGCUCCGUAAAGCCACAAAGCGUCUGGGAACCGAUGAAGACGUCCUGGUCGAGGUUUUAGCCACAAGAACAAACCAACAGAUUCGAGAGAUCAAGAUGGCCUUUAAACAAGAGUAUGACGAAGAGCUGGAGGAGGUGAUUAAAGAUGACACCAGUGGAGACUUCACCACAGCGCUGCUGGCCCUGCUGAAGGCCGACAAGGACGAGAGCACCCAGGUGGACAUGGAUCUGGCACAGAAGGAUGCCAAGAUUCUGUUCGAAGCAGGUGAAAACUCCAAAGGGUCGAAUGUGUCGGACUUCAUCAACAUCCUGACGUCACGCAGUGGACCACAGCUGUCCAAGACCUUCCAGAAGUACGCCUGUGUCAGUGACAUGACUCUACCCAAAGCCUUGGAGAUGGAGCUGAACGGAGACAUCGAGGACUGUCUGAUUGACAUUGUUAAAGUUUCCUGGAACACACCGGCGUUCUUUGCUGAGAAGCUCCAUAAGGCCAUGGAGCGUCGUGGAACAUGUGAGGAUACGCUGAUCCGGGUCUUGGUGAGCCGGUCUGAAGUGGAUCUGAAGAAGAUCGUUGAGGAGUACCACGCCAUGUACGACAUGUCCGUCCAGGAGGCCAUCUGGCACGACACUAAAGGCCACUAUCAGAAGGUCCUGCUGGGUCUGUGUGGACCCUGUUGAAGCUCUGAUCCAGCACAAAUGGACUGGACUGUCCACCUUCUACAAUUAUUUGGAACACCAUCAUCUAAUUAAUCUGUUUCCUUUUCAGCAAAAACAGAAGCAACGUUUUCCCUUGUCAUUAGAAAUGUUUUAUCAUAUGUAACCUGUGAUGUUAACAGUUGAAACAGAGAUAAAGAUACAACAAACAGCUGAUUGAGUUAAUUCAGAUGUUACAUAUACGUCAGAAAAUGCCUUGUUUUAUAAAAGCAUCAUUUUUAUUGUUUUAUGCUUGAAUUCUAAAGACAAAAACAUUUGAAAUAAACUUCACUCCUGUUUCUUGAAUUCUGUUUUGGAAUUAAUUGCAAGAGAUAGAAGAAAAUUAAAAAUAUGUUUGGACUUCA